AUGGACCACUUCGCACCACAUUCCAACGCAACAUUUGAAGGCUACUACUCCAAAUUCAUCCUCCCCUCCGGCUCGUCGCUAUGUCUAAUUGUCUGUUCGGUUCACAAAGCCAACACGCGCCCGCAUAUGGUCUCGUUCACAUAUGUGCCGGCCAAGCAAGACCAGAGGAUCUACCAGCGAGAACUAUUUCCCGAGAAAGGCGGCUUGAGUUUCGAAGCGAGCAGCAACCGUGAUAGUUUUGUGCUCGAUGUCCCGGGCAUUGGGAGUGUCCAUGUCAAUCCCGAUUCUACGACAACCUACGACUUUUCGUGUCCGGAGUUCACGUUUCAUGCAACGACUACGACGAGAACGCCUUGGUCGAGACACGAUGACACGGAGACACCCGAGUCAUGGCUCGUGUAUUUGCCCUUGCCACUGCAUUGGCACGUCCAUUCGCUGGCGUCGAGGUGUGAUUUUGCUCUGAGCAUUCCAGAGCCCGGAGUCAUGGAUCCACGGGACGGACAUGGCGUGGCGACGGUACAUCAGGAGAAAAACUGGGCGAAUAGCUUUCCUAGCGCGCAUAUCUGGAUACAAGCAUACUCGGCAGAGGAAGGGCGUGGGUUCAAUUGUGCUGGUGGGCAGAUUUUGGGCAUGGAAGCCUACCUGCUGGGAUACAGGAAUAGGGAUGCUGAUCUUGAGAUUGACGUUCGACCUCCAUUCGCCGUCAAGGUGCUAGGCAUGUCGCCGUUUAUGAGCGUGGAUGUGGCUUGGGCGUCGAGGUCGUUUAGAUUGUCUGUGCAGGACUUUCGCAAAAGGAUCGAGGUCCACGCCUACGUAGAGCGCGAGGAUUGGGAUACAUUCUUUGGUUUGAGCGCGCCGUUUUCAGACGGUCAUCGGGAGAACUUUCUCGGACAGAGUCUAAGGGCGAAGUUGGAAGUUUCGGUAUACUCGAAGAGCUGGCUUGCUGCGAGCUGGAAUAAAGUGCUCGAUGACCAUUUCGAUGGUGCUGCGCUGGAGUUUGGUGCUGGUUACUAUCCACCGAGAGGUCAGCAUUCAGUACCUUGA